AUGUCUUCUAAUUUAUCAGCAGCAAAUUUUAAUUUAUUUGGAACAAAUUCUUUAAAAGAUGAAUAUUACAUUAAAAAUGUGUGGAAUCAUAAUCUUCAUGAAGAAUUUCAUGUUAUAAGACAGGUUGUCCAAAAAUAUCACUGGGUAGCCAUGGAUACUGAAUUUCCAGGAGUAGUAGCUAGACCAAUUGGUGAAUUUAGAUCAACUGCUGAUUACCAGUACCAAUUAUUAAGAUGCAAUGUAGACCUCUUGAGAAUAAUACAAUUAGGACUCACAUUUAUGGAUGAGAAUGGAAGAACGCCCCCUGGUUGUACUACUUGGCAGUUCAAUUUUAAAUUUAAUUUGCAAGAAGACAUGUACGCCCAAGAUUCAAUUGAUUUGCUACAGAAUUCUGGACUACAGUUCAGGGAACAUGAAGAACACGGAAUAGAACCUUUGGAAUUUGCUGAAUUGCUGAUGUCUUCAGGAAUUGUGCUAAUGGACGAUAUAAACUGGCUUAGCUUUCAUUCCGGUUACGACUUUGGAUAUUUAUUGAAACUGCUUACUGAUCAAAAUCUGCCGCAAGAGGAGAACGAUUUUUUUGAAAGCUUGCGUCUGUAUUUUCCAACAGUUUAUGAUGUCAAAUACUUAAUGAAAUUAUGCAAGAAUUUAAAGGGAGGACUUCAGGAGGUAGCUGAUCAGUUGGAGCUCCGACGUGUUGGACCCCAACACCAAGCUGGCUCAGAUUCCCAUCUUACUGGUAUGGCGUUCUUUAAAAUUAAAGAAAUAUUCUUUGAUGGCAACAUUGAAAGUACGAGCGGACAUCUGUAUGGGCUUGGUGCGCCAUUUUCGACGAACGCUAACAAUUUCCAAGAUAAUGGUGAAAAUGGCAAUUCUUCCUGA